AAAAAAGCCCUAGAAGACUGUUCGGCCUCCAUUUUCAACAUUGGCGCAUUGAUUCACCGUUCUCCCGCGCACAGCUGCCGCUUGCCGUUGUUGCCGUUGUUGCCGUUAGCUUAGCUUCACUCCCUCUCCCGCUCAUUUCUAUGGCUUCAUUCAUCCCUCUCGCCGAUGCCUCUGCGCUCCAUCUCUAAUAAAUUCCCUACCAACUUAGCUGAAGUGAUAACAAGAGCGUCAACAAUUGUGUCUGCUGGAGGAUAGAAGUUCUGCCACUUUGUUGUUCAUAUUUAUUUUUAGAACACCCACAAGGCUGUUACGAUCAGUGGUUAUUUAUUGAUCAUGGAUGUAGUAACCGAUAACUUUCGGCAUGAGAAAGUUCAAAGGUUCGAGGAAUUUGUUGACCGUCGCUUGAAACCUGAUUUAGUGCAUGCAAUCGCUGAAAGAGAUAAAGUGUUUGAGCAGCAGAAAGUGUUCUCAGACCUUCGCCGGAACAUUGAGAAUUUGGAGAAAAAUAGUAUAACUAAUGUCAGAACAUUGGUCAAUCUUGGCUCUGAAGUCUAUGUACAAGGCGAUGUGCCAGACACACGAAGCAUAUUUGUAGAUAUUGGGCUUGGGUUUCAUGUGGAGUUCACAUGGUCUGAAGCUUUAAAAUUCAUUUCUCUCAAAGAAGAAAGGUUAACCAGACAGAUAGAAGAGUACACUCAAUUAAUUGCAUCCAUCAAAGCGCAGAUCAAGUUGGUUUGUGAAGGGAUUCGUGAAUUAUUACAACUUCCAGCAGAGAGGACUGUGGAAGAACGUGUCUUUUGAGUUUCUUUCCUGAUAGUUCCUGCUUUCCUGGGGAUGAAGAUGGUCCUGAAUCAGUAUAGUUAUAAAAUCCUUAAUUUUUUAUGCUCUUUGUAAAACUAGUUCAUCUUUUAGAACUUUAUGGAAACAUGUACGAUCUUGCUUUCUGUCUCUGCAUUGAUUAUUUAUGGUUCUCAAAAUCUACUUUUUCUUCUGUGUGUCAAUCCCCCAUCACUUUGUUGUUGGUAAUUCACUUUGGAUAACUUUAUCAAAGAGGUCAAAGGUAGAGAUAUUCAUUAA